GCUAGUGUACUGUGAACCGCCCCAGCGAGGGGCAGUCCAUGCAUGUUCUGACCAAGAGAUUUGGUCCUGACUUGUGUUCAUAGUGGGCAUGCUUUACGAAGGGUUGUUGUACGCAGGGAAGUUAUUUGAAUGUAAUACUAGCGUGGCUUUGGUCAUUUUACAUCUAAAACGUUAGCUUUGAUCAGUGUUGCCUCAAUUGGCGCAUUUACUUUCACCUGCAUGAUUAGCCUAAACGUUCCUUUGGUUUACACACAGGCUUAAACUGUUUUAAUUUAUAAAAUAUAAACAAUUAUGCUCACCAUGGUAUCCACUAAAUGUGAUGGUCAUGAAAAAAAAACAAUACUACAUACCAGUACUACAUAUCCCAUGAAGCAUACUUCUGCCGACAUCAUCGUAUCCAGGAAGUUAAAUGCCGUUGCCAACAAAACAUGUCUGUGCCCUGAAGUGCAUUUCUCUCUGGAAAAUGUGCUCCCUCAUCUAAGAAAUUGUCGAAUGAAAGAUUCCAGUGAGAGAUGAGCUGCAUCCAAGACUCUAUGGUCCUAGUACAGCCUGGCACAGCCCGGGUUCUGGUCACAGAAAUGAGCGGGUCAGGCCAAUUGAACCCAACCCCUGCUGUCUUUGAGGACUCUGACAUGCUGGUGGAUCUCUAUCUCUCCCCAACAAAGCUGAAAUCGUUGAGCGGCACAGAAGACAUCUCCCAGGUCAGCUCCCUGGAGAUCUGUGUGGAUACUCGGGAAAACACUCUGGGUAACUUUGGUGCAUACUUGCCCAGGCUGCUACAGUUGAAACUGAACAACAGUAUGAUAACGUCAGUCAGGGACCUGGGGACCACCCUGGCCCACCUGCAGGUGCUGUGGAUGUCUCGCUGCAGUCUGGUCGACCUGGAUGGUAUCCCUUCCUUCACCUCUCUGAAGGAGCUGUAUGUGGCCUACAACAGUAUUUCCGACCUGAGCCAGGUGAGUAUGCUGGAGCACCUCCAGCUGUUGGACCUGGAGGGGAACGAUGUGGAUGACCUGGUGCAGGUUCAGUACCUGGGCCUGUGCAGCGAGCUACGCACCCUCACCCUGGAGGGCAACCCUGUGUGUGUGUGCCCGCACCCCAACGCCAUCCAGACAAAGUACUGUUACCGCUCGGCCGUAAGAGAGCUGGUCCCUCAGCUGCGUUUCCUAGACGACGUGCGGGCGGAGCAGGAGGUGGAGCGCGGCUCCAACAGCAGCUCCAUGGAGGAAGACUGGGCUCUGCUCAGACAGUCCAUCAAAGAACCCAGCAACAACCCCUCGGAGACCGCAACGGAGGAGAGGGCAGCCAGUGUGUGUGCCCUGGCCAGACCCAGCUCUGGCCAGCGCCCUGGCUCAAGCCUCUCCUGCUCCCGGCCUGCUAGUCGACCAGUCAGCUCCAGGCCCCAUUCCUCAGCCGGGUCCAGACCCCCUUCAGCCGCUGGGGCCAGCCGCACCAUCCUCUCCCCUCAGGGCUCCAGACCCGGUUCUGCUGAGUCGGAACCAGAAACAGUGGACCCAGACGCCAGCAUCCUGACACACGGUGCGGGCAAGAUCCUCUUCUGUGGGAACCCAGUGCAGGCUCUCCGCGCACGGCGCCAGAAGAUGAAGCAGACGGCCCCCCCCGCGCCCGCCCACUGCGCCCCACCCCUCCAUGUUCCCGAGCACACGUAUGACCUUGGGGAGACGGACGGACGCGAGCGCUGUGACGUGUUCUCGGAGCUGCGGGCCUGGAGGGAGCAUCAUAACAAACGUCUUUUGGCCAUCGAGAAGGAGGGUUUUCCCCAGCCGAUGACCUACCUCAGUGAAGAUGACGAGGACGAAGAGGACAGCCUCAGCGUUACCCUCGGCCUUGAAGAGGAAGAGGGGAAAGAGAUGCAGGGAAACAGAGGAAGACUCGGGGCAAACUCGUCCUCUCCAGACUUCUUAUUCCAUUCUCCCUCUCCAGACCUGUUACAGAGAGAGGCCAUAUCUCCCGAGGUGGCCAGACUGUCCAUGUCUCCAGACUCCACUCCAUCACCCUCUCCCCCUCUCAGCUCCACAGCCUCCCCUGCUGGACAGGGGAGGCUGGGGAUCCGAGCUCGCAGGCUGAGGCUGAGCCAGGCUGGGGUCAGUCCUGCUGGGACAGCAGCAGAAGCAGGGCUCGGCAGAGCCGACCUGGGGGAACUCCAGAGGCUCCAGGAGGGGAUGAGGCCCAGAACCCCUCAGCGGCCCCAGACAGCACACCUCCCCCACCGGCCAGCCUCCAGUCCCCUGGGCUCUGGCCUCAGGGAACCAUGGAGAGAGGCAGGCGUGCCCACUGGGACGUCUGUCAACGGGCAUCAACCAAUCAUCAUGCCCCGCAGGCCUCCGGAGAGGCUGGCCGCGGCGCGUCCUCGCACGGCCAGAGCGGCCCUGCAGAAGCCUCCGCCAUGCCCCACUCUCCAGCCCAGCAGAGGGAGCUCUCACCUAGACUGAGCCCACACGCUGAGGUGUGUGGCAGGAAGAGUGGUCAACAGGUGCAAUGACCCUAACCGUGCAACAGGGCUUUAGAAGCAGGGAGAGCAGGGGUGGACUCGCUGUGGUCUGGAGAUCUCUUCACAGAGCUGUCACUCUGUGUUCCCCCAGUGGACCGAAACCCUACUUUCAAUAUGAGAAUCUGUGGAAGGUGUAUCCCAUAAGAGUGACCCAUUACUGUCUCGGUGGUUAAAUAACCUGUUCACUGGUGACCCGUGACUCACUGUAUCUCUCUGCUCGCUCACACCUCUACUAAGAACUCGCAUACUUUGACACCUCCGCUGAGCGUCAUUACACAAGAACAACUGUGUUUACAGGUGUUUAUAGCUGAAUGUUGAAUAUUUAGAUAUUUUUUAUGCUGCUUAUUUGCUCAGUUGCGACUGUGUUUUGGGUUGAAAUUGUCAUGUUUUUUUAUUCACUCAGAUGCUAACUUAAAUAAAUAUAAAAUAUUG